AUGCUGGUAGGCAGGAAGUUCAUCACGACGCCGCUGGCCCGGUGCUCGGCCAGGCUGAAGGUGCACUGGCUGACGGACAGGGAGCCGGCUGGCAGUGUGGUUCAGGAACUGGCCAGCUGGGAUUGGGUCCACACCUACAAGGUCCAGUUCAGUAAUGACACGUACACCUGGACCCCAAGCAUGAACGGCACCCAGGAGGCUAUAUUUGAAGGCAACAUUGAUGCAGAAACGCCUGUCCUGGCGGCCCUGCCGCAGCCAGUGGUGGCGCGUUACAUCCGCAUCAACCCUCAGACCUGGUACGAGAACGGCACAGUGUGUCUGCGCGCAGAGGUCCUGGGCUGCCCUCUGCCAGAUCCAAACAAUAUCUACACCUGGGAGAGUGAGCAGGGCUCCGCGGACAAACUGGACUUCCGGCACCACAACUACAAGGAGAUGAGAAAGCUCAUGAAAGAAGUGACUGAGGAAUGCCCUGACAUCACUCGCAUCUACAGCAUUGGGAAGAGCUACAUGGGUUUCAAGCUGUACGUCAUGGAGAUCUCUGAUAACCCAGGGAAGCACGAAUUAGGAGAGCCGGAGUUCCGCUACGUGGCCGGGAUGCACGGGAACGAGGCGCUGGGCCGCGAGCUCCUGCUCAACCUGAUGCAGUACAUGUGCCGCGAGUACAAGAGGGGGAACCCGCGCGUUGUGCGGCUGGUCGAGGAGACGCGCAUCCACCUCCUGCCCUCCAUGAACCCCGACGGCUACGAGGCCGCUUACGAAAAGGGCUCAGAGCUGGCCGGCUGGGCUUUGGGUCGCUACAGCGUCGAGGGAAUCGAUAUGAACCACAACUUCGCGGACCUCAAUUCGGUCAUGUGGGAGUCGCAGGAGAGGGAGCAGGACAAAACGAAAGCGGUCAAUCAUUACAUUCCCAUUCCCGAAUACUACACUUUGGAGACGGCCUUUGUUGCCCCAGAAACUCGCGCGGUGAUUAACUGGAUGGAGAAAAUUCCUUUCGUCCUGAGUGCCAACCUUCAUGGUGGAGAGCUGGUGGUCACCUACCCGUUCGACAUGACCCGCGACUGGGCUCCGAAAGAGCUGACGCCCACUGCGGACGACAGCUUCUUCCGCUGGCUGGCCACUGUCUACGCCACCACCAACCGCGUAAUGGCCAACCCAGACCGCCGGGACUGCCACUACGAGGACUUCAAGCAGCACAACAACAUCAUCAACGGAGCCAACUGGCACACUGUGCCGGGCAGUAUGAAUGACUUCAGCUACCUGCACACCAACUGCUUUGAGGUGACUGUCGAGCUGUCCUGCGACAAGUUCCCCCACGCCAGCGAGCUGCCCACCGAGUGGGAGAACAACAGGGAGUCACUGCUGAUCUACAUGGAGCAGGUGCACAGGGGCCUUAAGGGUGUCGUGAGAGACAAGGACACGCAGGCCGGCAUCGCUGACGCCAUCGUUUCUGUGGACGACAUCGACCACGACAUCAGGACCGCCUUCGACGGGGACUACUGGCGCCUGCUGAACCCCGGGGAGUAUGAGGUGACGGUCAGGGCGGAGGGAUACAUCCCCGCCAAGAGGAUGUGCCGCGUGAACUACGAGGGCCACCCCACCAUCUGCGACUUCGAGCUGAGCAAGACCUUCAAGCAGCGGCUGCGGGAGAUCCUGGCCAAGGGAGGGAAGGUCCCGCAGGACAUGCAGCUGCGCCUGCGCAUGCUCCGGCUGCGCAAGCUGAGGGCCUCCACCAAGGCCAUAAACCGGCGGCGCCGGCAGUAGCCAGCCUCCUCCCGGCCGGUCCCAGGACACGCCGACGGUACCUCCGCGCUGCGUCUCAUCCACAACUUGUUUUUAAAUCGAACCAGAAACUGGGCUGUGGAAUUGACACCUUUAAUCCGGCAUAUCAGAUGGGAUGCACUGUCGAAACCUGACCAGCUAGUGAGCUACGAGGCUCUCGCGCACUCGGGGGAACUCCCCAGCGGCCAGCGUUUCUUUGGUGCCUUUUUACACCAAGGGUAGCGGGGGCCUGGAACAAGCCACCUGGUCAUGUUGUGGAAGCCAAUAACCUGGCUUCUCUCAGGAAGGAACAUUUUGAUCCUCGGUUCAGACCCUGGCAGACUAGAUGGACCCAAUGGCCCCUUCUCGUUUGUAAACUUUGUUUUUGUAAAAAAAAAGAAAAAAAAAAAAAGAAGCUGAAAUCAUGUAGAGUUCCUUCCUAGUAGGCCAAAACAUCUUUUCCAAGGAGACUUGCGUAGGACGUCCCAGCGGCCCUUCAGUCCUCAAAGCGGAGGCCAGACCCAGGAGGGCUCCUGCCCCACUUGGUUGAGGCAGAUCUGACAAAAGUCUUACACCACCCCCCCCACUCCUGCCCCAAAUCAUCCUUCAGUCAAUAACCUUCUAAAGGGCUCUGAUGAAGGAAGGGUAGCCAGAGCUCUGUGUGAGAAGCAGGGGGUUUCGGCCAAGGGGUGCGAUAUGCAGCCCCCAAAGAGACAUCUUAGCUAGGCUUCCACUGAAAUACUACUGCUACUGUCUGUAGAUUGCAUGAACCACGCAUGAACCACGCGUCCCUGUGGGUCUGUCUCUGGUCUUCAUGCGGUAUAAAAUUAACACAGUGAAAUAUGUUGCAUUUUAAUUACACAGUUUAGCACCAGUCCUCAUCCCUUUUCAAAAAAAGUGUUUGAAUCCGGACUCAUGUGAAGUGGACUGUCUCCUCGAAAACAUCCCAGGCCUUUUAUUAAGGAAUGAUACAUGAUUCAUACACCUCUCCACUUUAAAAAAGAAAAGCCCAAAAGAGUUAAAGAGAGGGUAGUGGAGAGUUAGAAUCAAAUAGCAGAAUUAGUAGAAGUUCUGAUUUUUUAUUGAAUAAAAAUGUGGGAGGAAAGAUUAACUGUGCCGGUCUGUCGCCCUGAAAAAGUCCCAGUGUGACAGAUUGGUAUUUGGUGAAUCAAAAGAGAUACGAGGUGGUUGCAAAGAAAGCAAAGUCUGUUUAAAGAUGUGAAAUUCGCACACACGAAGAAGAGUGCUCGAUCCUUACAGUCUGGAACUGGGAAGAACAUUUAAUGUGGGAUA